AUGCGGCCGCGUGAGCACAAGGACCCAGCCGCCCAGGCCUCGCGUGCGCCGGCGCAGCCUGUCAGACUCACGCAGCCCAGCUGCCGGCCUCUGGGAGCCAUCUGUGGGCAGAGAGCAGGCGGGCCAGGCCAGCACUUCAAACCCUCAGACGGCCAGGCAGAGGAGUCUUCUCCCUCAGUGCCCUACGGCUCUGGUUCCGACAUGCAGGUCGGCAUGGAGCUCGGAGAAGGAGAAGGCAGAGUUCUUGUCCAGUCCUCCUCUAUACCUAUCAUCACUUAG